AAGGUUCAGCGCGCAUGUGAUAGUUGCAAGUCACGCAAGCGGAAGUGCUCGGGCGAGCAGCCAUGUCCGUUAUGCGUCUCGCAAGGCUUGAUUUGUACUUACAUCACCCCUCAUGGAAGGCACCAAACGGCUCAACCUACCAAUCAUCUUGCCAUUGGUGCAUCAAGUUAUAGUCUUGGCUCAGAUACCCAAUCUCAAUGGCCAGGACGAACUGUAUCUGUGACGAGGCCGGGAGACGCGUUCAACACUAACGACACUUCUCGAGCUGCCUCGCCAGAUGGGGAAGGCAUCACGCCUGCAGGCUAUCAGGGACCAACCAGCACUUUUUCAUUUCUCCGGAGGGCCUGGCGGAGGUUUGGUAUGGCAGAGCUGUCUGACCCGAACCAGGAGUCGAGAGAGGAAGUCUCGAUAUUUGCAUACGGUGACAGGAGGGCUCCAGCUCUAUCCAACACCAACGAACUUCAGCUUCCAAAUCGAGAUGUCACGAGUGCUAUGACCAGCCGAUACUUCGAUUUCGCGGCUCCAACAUACCGCUACCUACAUCGACCGACUUUCGAGUCAUGGCUACUCCGCUACCACGAGCAACAGGAUUCGCAUCAGGAGGGUCCACAGCCUAUACGCCAAGCUAUCGUACUCAUGGUACUUGCCACUGCAUGUCUGUAUAACGUUGAGAUCAGUGAGAUAGACACACCCCCUUCGACUCCAGCCGAGUCACGUAAAGCCGAGAGAAACGACAGUCACCUGCGUAUGGGCGAGACGUUAUAUCAAGCGGCUCAACAAAAGAUAACAAGCGAGGCUGGCAGACCAUGUCUAGAAUCUGUUCAGGCGCGGCUGGCCACUUCUCUUUACCAACUCAAUACCUCGCGGUUGAACCAAGCAUGGUACACCCUAGGCAGCACAUACCAGCUCGCUCUGUCCAUAGGCAUCCAUCGAGCAAGAGCUCCGACCUCCGGGGAGCCCAGUAAGAUUGUCCGAGAAUGCCAAAGACGCAGUUUCUGGGCUGUCCACAUGCUCGACACAUACCUCAGCGUCAUGCUUGGAAGACCUCCUUACAUCAAUGAUACAUAUGUCGACCAACGCUAUCCCGAGAUCGUCGAUGACAGCGACCUUCUCUCAGCUGGCACGAUAACUCGCUCGAUUCCAAAGGACUGCAUACAAGCCGCUCCGGUCAUGCAUGCGAAGCUCACACGCAUAGUCAAGGAAGCCUUGAAAGAGCAGGCUUUGGCUCACCCUGCUCGCGAUCAACACAUGAUCGCAACAGCCCAACGAUUGGGCCUCGAAGUCGAGCAAUGGCAGAAGCAGCUACCACUUUUCCUCUCGGGCGGGAUUCAUCCCUCGAGUCUGGUCCCGAUCUUUCGUAGACAACUCACGGUAUUACAGAUAGGCUGCGCGCACGCCAUCAUGAUCAUUACCAGGCCGCUACUUUCGGGCCAACAAACAGAGCCAGCUCUGAUGCAGCCGCAUAUCGAGAAAUGCUUGUCUGCCGCCAAAUUCGUCCUCGAUCUAGUACUUGAUCUCGCAGUAGACAAUAACCUCAUCCCGGCAUUCUGGAACACGCAGUACGUCACCUUCAACGCCUUGACCGUCGUCUAUGUCUGGAUCAUGCAGCGCAAACAAGGUCGCCUUUCCAUUGUCUCCACCCAGUACGAUGAGACGAGCAUGUUCGAGUUGGCCAAAUCAGUACAAGCUCAUCUGGCCAGAGCUACCCAUACGAAUGCACCCAACUUACGCUAUAGUAUCAUUCUUGAAGAGCUGCAGCAAGAA